AUGGAUGUUCAAUCGGAUACACCCGGAAUCAUAGAUGACGAAAAUUUAGCUUUACUCAAUUCAGAUAAUAUAUUAGACGUAUCUAUCAGAACAAAAUCAUCUAUAUCAUGGAUUAUGGCUGCGGGUCUUAUUGUGAAUGCAGCUAUGGGUGCUGGCCUUCUGAAUAUAGCCAAAGCUUAUGAUGAUGCUGGCGGUAUAUUCUUUAGUUCAAUUCUUCACGGGAUUGUUGUAGUUUUGGUACUUGGUGCCUAUGCUAUUUUAUUUGUAUGUUGUGAUCCAUCGAUAUCCACAUAUGAAACAUUUGUUCUUAUGAAAUGUGGAAAAGUGUGGCAAAGAAUUUGCUCUGUUUGUAUUAUAUUAUAUAUGUACGGCUUGAGUAUAAUUUUUUUUAUUAUCAUCGGAGAUCAAUUAGAUCGAUUUCUCACCUUUUUCGAUCCAUUAUUUUGUCGUCAUUGGUAUUUUGAUCGGCGAUUUACAAUACCAAUUACAUCAUUAGUUUUUAUACUUCCAUUAUGUUUUUCAAAAACAAUUAAAUUUCUUCAAAUUCCAAGCAUGCUAGGUGUAUUAGCCAUUAUUUAUGUUGUUAUUAUGGUACCGAUUGAAUAUUUUAUUAAGAGACCAACAGAUGUAAUUGUUAAAAAAAGUCCCGACUCAUGGACAGAUAUAUUCUUAGUCUUGCCAACAAUGUGUUUUUGUUAUCAAGCACAUGUAAAUGCUGUACCAGUUUUUGUUUCAUUAAAAAAUCGUGCUGACUGUGUCAAAGCAACAUUAGCAUCAACAAUAAUUCUCAUUCUCAGUUAUUGUUCAGUAGCUAUAUGCGGUUAUCUUACAUUUGGUACUAAAGUUGAUCAUGACAUUUUAAUGUCUUAUCAACCGAUAUCAUCGGUUGUACUCAUUGCAAUAAUUAUGGUUGCAAUUAAAACUUAUACAGCUUAUCCAGUAAAUUUAUUUUGUGGAAGAACUGCAAUUGAUUCAUUAUCGAAUGAAACGGCUGCAUCGUUGAUAGCGACAGAUCCACGACAUUCAAUAAAACGUCGAUUUCUCAUUGUUUGUGUUUGGUUUUUUUCAACUUUAGCUGGUGCAGUUUUCUUACCUAAUAUUUCAAUAGCUAUACAUUAUUUAGGUGCACUUGCAGCUAGCUUCAUGUUUAUAUUUCCAGGUCUUUGUUUAUAUUUUCAUGUUGAUCAAAACUGGGUGAAUUCAUGGGGGAAUAUUAUCUCAGCGUGUAUUGCAAUUUUUUAUGUUGCUCUUGGAGUAUUUGUUACUGUAUUGACAUUACUUCAAUCAUUAAUAGCUGAUAUUAGUGCCGAAGAAACGAGUGCUACAAAAACAUGUUAA